CACGGUCAUCACUUGGAGCCGCUUCGGCUAUACUCGAUUCGCUUAUAGCCAAGCGCUUAAAACUGGCUCAAAUAUAUUGUAAAUAUAUAAGAAAAAAAAGCGUACAUACAAAUAUAUUUUAGCGUAGCAGGAAAACAAUGAAGACCCGCCUUGCUGUAGUGCGUGUACUUGUGGCCCUUACGUCAAUUUGCCUUUUGAACCGAGAUAUUACCACCUACGCCKCUCCCGCAGAGAUCGGCGACAGUCAAUGGAAGUUGAUAGAACGCAGCGAUUGGCACGCACGUCCGCCAAAGGAUCGAGCAACUUUUGCCGGAGCCGCGCCGUUCAUCAUCAUACACCACUCGUAUAAGCCCGGUAUGGCGCUGUCAGAAUCGGAUUGUCAUCUGGCCAUGCAGCAGAUACAAGACUUUCACAUWGAUGAACGSCAWUGGUCCGAUAUUGGCUAUAGCUAUGCAAUUUGCGGUGAUGGCAAUGUAUACGAGGGCCGCGGUGCCAACGUGGUCGCAGCUCAUGCGCCUCACUACAACAAUCGCAGCAUUGGACUGCUGCUAAUAGGCGAUUUUACCGAAGCACUGCCACCGUCCAGCAUGUUGGAAGUGGCGCUGGAUUUUAUACAGUUCUCUGUGGAUUGCGGCUUUUUGCGUGAGGAUUACAUUUUAUAUGGACAUCGGCAAGUGCGCAAUGGCACCAACUGUCCAGGCGAUGCACUGUAUGCCGCGAUACAAAAAUGGCCGCAUUGGCAAGAGGAUGUAGAAGACAUAGCUUACUUGUAGAGUGUGCGUGCGUGCGGCCCAGUGAACAAAGUAAUUGCCGCAGGAUUAAAGUAUCGACCCUUGCAGUAUUAAGAAAAAAAAAUUUAAAAAAAA